AAAAACGUAGAAAUAAGCAGUAAUGUCAGAUAGACUUGUAGUUAGUAGAAAAUCAACUGGAAGAAAAUCGGUGAAGCAAUUUUAUAUAUUUAUUCAGUCAUUGAUAUAAUCAUUACGCUGACUAUUACUGGCUGCUGAUGUUACUGUUACUACUGCUUUUGUCAUUGCUGCUGGCCGCUAGUGGUCGUCGUGAAAGAAUCAAUUCUCGUGAAUAUUUUAUGUGAGCGCCUCCGCCCUCCCGGAAACUAUCCUCGUUUAGUGUCUAUAACCGUAACUACUCGGUAUUAUCUUUUCUUUUAAAUCGUCCAUUGAAAUACGUCCACAUCAUUGCUUUUGCAAUGACCUAUAACUAUUUUCUGGGAGAACAGUUAUCAAGUCGAUCGACUCUCUCUCUGUUUCAAGGAGACUUCGAUUCCUUUUGUUUCUUUCUCACUUAAAGAAAGCUCAAAGAAGGUUUGAAUUCGCCAAAAAUAAAAAUCAAAUAAGACAUUUCCUUCAUUGAAAAGUUCAACCAAUGCUUAUUAAUAAUUUGAAACGUAUCGAGAAAAUUCUUGGCAAUAUUUCUAAUAAAAUAAUUUAUGUGAUCCAUAAAAACGAAUUCCAUUUGAAGCGUUUCUAAAAAAGAUACAAAGCUUGUGAUUCUCUUUAUUAGAAAAAGAAAAGAAUUUAAUCCUACGUGAUCGCAUAAAAAUGAAUGAUGCAAUUCGUCCUCUCUUUCUUUCUUUCUCUCUUUCUCUCUGGAACAUGCUCGCAUUAGCGUCACGAACGAAUGAAUUAAUGAGUGCGCCGAACCGCUCUCUUCGGGGUGGUCCCUCCUUACAAGAAAAGCUUUGCGAUCGUGAAUAGAACUAUCGCACACACCUACACAUAUCCUAUAUAUACAUAUAACGCGCUAGAUUGUAAGGGGGUACGUAAAUAUACGUAACGCGCGGUAGCGAUGAGGGACUGCGAUGAUGUGUUGUUCGUUGGUGGUGGGUAACAGCCAGAACGGAAGGUGUUAGUGAGUCACAACCUGACGCUACUCGACAGGAGGUGGUAGAGAAAGAGUAAGAGGAGGAGGAAAAAGAAUUUAUAGUAGUGGUGUUUAGUGAUGGUAGUGGUAUAAGUAGAAAUGGAGGGUGGCAGGUGUUCGGUACCGUCGGUGCUGGUACUGACGAUGGCUACUGCUGCUGCUGGCCCUCUGCUACCACACAGAGUUGCCCACACCUGGGGAAAAUGGCAGGGGGACGGAUGUUCCCAGGAGAUUAUUGAUCGUAGCGCGAAGAUACUUCUACAAUACUUCGACGUUGCGGACAGACCUUCACAGAGAAGGCGCUUAUCGCGCAGUUCACGCUUGGGUGAUGAGAGAUGGUGAGAAUGAGGAUAGAGUUGGCCGAGGUUGAGAUACCGAUGGAUGACGGUUCAUCCUCACCAUCGAAGAACAUGGAGGUCGAUGAGUACGGAGUAGAGGCAGAGCUGACGAGUCUUUCGUGGCUGCAAUCGUUAGACAUCACGAGUGCGUCCAGUUUGCCAACGCCACCAUGUUCGCCAUCGCCUCCACCGUUGGUACGAAAACCCCCGAAGAAGAUGUCACCUUUGCUCAAGGCUGAAUUAGAUCUUGCGGAAAACGCCGAUAAAUAUCGAACGGAUCCAGACGCAAAGCCGCCAUUCUCCUAUGCUACGAUCAUAUGCCUCGCGAUGCGCGCGAACAAUAAUAAGGUGUCCCUGUCGAACAUAUAUGCAUGGAUUCGCGAGAAUUUUUUGUACUACAAAUAUGCUGAUCCAGCUUGGCAGAACUCGAUUCGGCAUAAUCUAUCGUUAAACAAAUGCUUCGUCAAGUUGCCACGUUCGAAGGAUGAGCCAGGCAAGGGUGGCUUUUGGAAACUGGACUUGGAACGUAUGGAAGAGGGUAAAAGAACGAGACGACGUGCUUCGACAACUCAACGUAAUCGAGGAUCGAGAAGACAACACAACACAACAAAUUCAACGACGACCACGACAACGACGUCGACAUCGAUGACGUUGUCUUCUGCUUCAGUAACGAGCAAUCAUUCGUUGCAAAACAGUUGUGUACCACCUACCACCUGUCUUUCCGCCCUUUACGAGACACCACCGAGCAGCGUUUCACCUCCGAUACCAGACACACUUUCGGAAGUACCCGAAUCAACGCAAGUUAAUCUCACCGAAGAUGAUCUCACGGGUCUACUGAUCGCCACAGCAGGUUGGGAUGAGAACCAGCUGGAUCUCUUGGAUUCUCUUUUGGAUACUCUUUAAACAUUUUUCUAUCGCUUGUUUCUUUUCAAAGAACUUAGAAAUAAGUCGAUUAAAAAUCAUCCGUGAUAAACUAUUACUUUCUUGGAGAUUUUACAUUUCUUCUAAUUGAUCUUUUUUAAAUUUUACUUACUCGAGUAAAAAGCAAUGGCGAUUUUUUGCUCUAAACGAUUUUAAUUCACGUAUUAUCAGUAAUUGAUCGACUCAUAAGGGAACUUUAAUACUGUCCAUUAUAAAUAUAUUGAUGUCGUGUGAAAAAAAUCAAAUAAAUGUUGAACUUGUAUCGAAGCGAUGGGAGAAUGAACUAGCGAUGAAUACUUCUGUAUUAUUUGAUAUUUCCUCACGUUUGAAGCAUGAAAUUAUAGAAUUAGAUAACGUUAAUUAUAUACGAAAAUGAUGAAAUAUUUUCGUUGCGUUCCGACGAUAUUAACGGAAGAAUUCGUUCUAUGUUCAUAUUUAAUUCAACGAACGAACAAAGCGGCUGUAAAUAAUGAGAUAUUUAUCCAUUGUUCAAAACUCGAAAGUAGUAUUUCGAUUUUGAAUUAACUCGAUAGCAGUUGGUGAAGUACGAGUCAUAAGUAUAGAGGGUGUCUCAUUCAAUUCAUUCAUUUAAUAAUUUUUCCAUAAAAAGAUAAAUCAACCUCUUCGUCGGAGAAUUUUGCAUAUUGCUCUUUUAAGAAGAAAAAAGAAAAAAAAAAACAAGAAAAAAGAACAAAAAAAAAAGUAAAAAAGAUUUUAAUUGAUGUAAUUAAAUGAGACACGCCAUAUAUACGAUCUUUGUUUCGAAUCAUCAACAUAUUAUGAGAGCGUUUUGUAUUUUGUACGCUCGGAUAGAUAAGUUUGUUCGUUAUAUAAUUGCACUAUAAUCAUUAGUUAUAUUUAUUCUUACAACGAACGAUAGUGAUUAAUAAUUAUGACUAAUACGCGUGAAAAUAAAGGGGUCAUACCUUUUUGUGACGCAGCGAUUCACGCAUCGUGCCUUCGGCUAAUUAGCGAAUGCUCUUUUAUAAUCAUGGUUGAGCAACGUUUGCCUUUUUGUAAAACAAUAACGCGACAAUCCGAAGAAUUCGAGUUUCGGAUUGAUCGAAUAGCUCGAGAGAUAUCGUCUUUAUCUUCUUGAAUAUGAUACUGAAAAGAAAAAAAAAGUAAUAAUAAGAAUAAUAAUUAUAAUAAUCUUUCAAUCGCGAAAUCGAUGUUGAAAGUAGUAUAAUUUGUGCAAAAUACAUUCCUAACGAUGGGUUCCGUAUAAAACUAUUAUUCGUGUUAGUAAAAAUGAUAGAGUGCAGCACCCUCUUUAAAUAUACGAUGCCACAAUAUGGCAAUGAACAUUACGAAAAAAUCGAUUGCAUUACGCGAACGUGGAAAAAGUAUACGUAUAAUUAUACUUUCGAUUUUACGCUGUCUCUCUUCCUUUUUACGUUUUACAUUUUAAUUCUAAACUUAGAGUGGAUGAUAAUUCUCGAAUCGAUUUUAAACGCGUUCGAUAGCAUAACUUCAUAUAUGAUUAUUAUUCUACGUACAAACGUAAUACUACUUUUUUAUUUGCCCAUGACUUUAUCUCCGUUAUAAAAGACUUUAUUUUAAUUUAUUUAAUAUUAUUAGAAUGAAAAUGAUAUCGAUCUCUUUUAUUAAUACGUUAAUAUGCCAUUUAGCAUGAUCGUAGGUUUUCUUCUUUUUCUUUUUUUUUAAAUAUGCUACAUUAGUUUCGAGUAUAAAAAGGAAAGAUAUUUUGCUACACUCUCAGGAAACGAUGAAUUUUUUUUCUUGAUAGUACAUAAAUAAGGGGAUGUCAUUUAUAAAAUAAAAAAAAUAUAUAUAAAUUUGAGAUCCUACAACUAGCGGACCAGAUAUAGAACUUGCAUUAAACGAUACGUUUCUUGUAAAAUAGGUUUCACCAUUAAUCCUUUUUGCGUGGAGUGCACAAUUGUAAUUUGCAAUGGUAAAACAAUUUUAAGAGUAAUACGAAGUUCCAUAUCGAAGAGUCUAUUGUAACACUAUGAUUCGUGCCUUGUCUUAGUCCGUCCAAAGUAAGGAUUAAACAAUUAUCUUAAUAAUUGUGAACGAAAUAACGAACUAUAGUUCACUCUUUCAAAAUAUCGUCAGCGAACGUAACAACGUAACAGUAUAACAAUACGUUCUCAAAAAUAUCGACGUCUGUGUCAGCCUAUUAUUUAUAGUAUUACGUUAUAAUUUGUAUUAUAUGUACGUUAGAUGUGCGACUUGUCGAAGGACAAUUGUGAAAACGCGCCUCGAGAAUCGGAUGUCCGUGGAUUUUGACGAUGAAAAAAGAAAGAAACAGAAUGAAUUUCUACGGAUUGUUUGCCGCCAUUUUAAAAGACACUUUGAAAAUAUGAUUUUCAGUGGUUUUGAAUCUAGACGUGUAUAAUAUAUAUUAUAUUUUUAGUGGAGUAUAGUAAUUUAUUAGUAGAACUACAAACGAUGUUCCGUAGAGAUCGUAGUCUUUACAUAAAGUAUUAUUGUGUGAAUUGGCGCCACUUUUGAAACUGAUAAAACUAAUUCUUGUAUAAUUCUGCGUGUAGUAAUCUAUAAAUAUUAUUACGCUAAACCGUUUCAUUCUUUGUACAUUUUGUUAGUAUUCACAAAGUAGCUUUUCUCACCGAUUCUCGACUGUGUAGUUUUAGAAUCGAUUAAGAUGAUUACAAAAAAGAUUGAUAAGGAUGAUUUAUUUAUUGGCGAUGAUUUUUCUUAACGAUCGAUGCGGAUAACUUUUCAUGGAUUUGCAUGUGCCUUCGAAGAAACUGCAGUUAUUCACUUCGGCUAAAUAUUGAGAAUAAUUAAACAUAUUGUAUAGACGCCGGGUGCUGAGUGUGGUUGUCUCCAUCAUUUAUAUUGAUAAUAUAUUAAAUCUGUAAUAUUGCGAAAUAUACUUUAGAAAAUAUACAUUUAA